CAGGCAUAGGAAGGCAUAAACAAAAAGAAGAAACCCUACCCCUUUACAUGCACACAAGCAAAGAUAAAAGGGUCACAGAAAUAACAACCAAAAGCCCCCUUCUCCAUCCCAUACUCCACUUUCAAGCUUCAACGAUUCCUCUUCUCCAUUAUUCACAUCACAGAGCCCAACAAGGUCACACCGCAACACCUUCUGGUAGUCCUCACCAAGCGAUGAGAGUUCCCGUUCCCUCAUCCCCACAGGCUAACCCAAAACCCACUAAUAACCUACUCCGUACCAUUGCCCUUCCCAACCUCAACACCACGGGCCUCUGCUACGAGCCCACCUCUGUCCUCGACCUGUGCCGAAGCCCCAGCCCGGGCUCCGAAAAGCCCACCGAUCACGCAGUUGUGGUCACGGACUCCCAAGAUUGUCUGGACCUGGACGACCAUGCGUUGCACAACUUGGAUUGGGACUCCAUCAUGAAGGACUUGGGCUUACACGAUGACUCAGGUACUCCCCUCUUGAAGACUAUUCCCCACCCCGACAACAACAAUAACAACCCAUGCGACGACUUCACCAUCGCACCCUUCGAUCACGCCCUUGAAUUCUCCACUCUCUCCGACAUCUACUCCAGCCAAAACCUCGCCUUCGAUUUUAACCACCUCGUUCACGACUUCAGCAACCACCACCACAACAACGGCUUCGAUUUCAUCGAAGAGCUCAUCCGCGCCGCGGAUUGCUUCGACACCAAGCAGUUACACGUCGCACAGGUGAUAUUGGAGCGGCUCAAUCAACGGCUACGAUCCCCCGUGGGAAAACCCCUCCAACGCGCAGCGUUUUACUUCAAAGAAGCUCUCCAGUCCCUUCUCUCCGGUUCGAACCGGACGCCCAGGAUUUCCUCGCUGGUGGAAAUCGUGCAUGGCAUCAGAACCUUCAAGGCCUUCUCCGGAAUCUCGCCGAUCCCAAUGUUCUCGAUCUUCACCACCAACCAGGUGGUUCUCGAUCACGCUGCGUGCUCCUUCAUGCACGUCAUCGACUUCGACAUCGGCCUCGGGAUCCAAUACGCUUCUCUCAUGAAGGAGAUAGCGGAGAAGGCCACGGAAUCGCCGUCUCUCCGAAUCACCGCCGUCGUUCCCGAAGAGUACGCCGCCGAGAGCACCCUGGUACGCGAAAACCUGGCGCAGUUCGCUCUCGAACUCAGGAUUCGUGUCCAGGUCGACUUCGUGCCGCUCCGAACCUUCGAGACGCUAUCGUUCAAGGCAGUGAAGCUCGUCGAUGGCGAGAGCACCACCGUGCUCCUUUCGCCAGUGAUUUUCCGCCACCUCGAAAAUUCUGCCGGGUUCUUGGCGAACUUGCGGGUGGUCUCUCCCAGCGUGGUGGUUUUGGUGGAUGGCGAGGGGUGGGCGGAUAUGGCCACAGCGGCAGCCUCGUCGUUCCGCCGCGGCGUUGUGAGCAGUUUGGAGUACUACUCGAUGAUGUUGGAGUCGCUGGAUGUGUCGACGGCUGCGGGAGGAGGGGAGUGGGUGAGGAGAAUCGAGAUGAUGCAGCUGCGACCGAAGAUUUUGGCGGCGGUGGAGAGUUCAUGGCGGCGAGUGCCACCGUGGAGGGAGGCCUUUUACGGCGCCGGAUUGAGGCCGGUUCAGUUGAGCCAGUUUGCGGAUUUCCAAGCAGAGUGCUUGUUGGCGAAGUCGCAAAUCAGAGGCUUCCACGUGCAGAAACGUCAGAACGAACUUACACUGUUCUGGCAUGACAGGGCCAUGGUUUCCUCGUCAGCUUGGCGGUUUUAGAAGACAGUAAAUUGUUGUUCCUGGAGAGGGAAUUAUGAAAUAUUAACCUACCACUAAUUAGUAGUACUGUUGCAAUAAUAAGAUUGUUACUUAUUACAUUUGAAUUUUCAAGUGAUUGUGAUGGAAAAUGUAGGUAUCUUUUGCAAAAGGAAAAAGCGGGGAGGGAUGAACAUGUAUUUAUUCUGGACCAUUUUGUUAUCUUCUAAAGUUGGAGGGGGACGUUGUCUUUCUUUGUUGGGCUCUUGUUAUCCUAAUCAACUUUACUCAUUUUCAAAUCAAAGAGGGUUCUUUCUAUGCCACAUUAUAUGGCUCUUUGACUUCUUUCUAUCUUUUAUUCCUUGUAGUAUUCAAAAUGAUAAAUCAAAGGUUUAUAUCACCA